AGCGCAUAUCGCGCAUGUACAUACACACAAGUGCAAACGCUCGUUGCAAAUGGACGUUUUUUCCGAUAUUGUAAAACGCUUUUAUUGAGAAAUAUCAAGAUUUUUCAAUUAAAAUCUUGUUGCUCGUAGUGAAGGGGACGAGAGUGAGAAACUCUGUGGUAAGCGACGACUAGCGUCGCUCGAUUUCGAAAAAUAGCACGCUUCACUCUUUCGAGAGGAAAACAGACAGAAAAAACAUGGUCAAGCUGACGAAAAAGUUUUUCGCGGGCGAUAAAGUGUUUGCCAAAGUUCGAGGUUAUCCAGCGUGGCCAGCGAGAAUAGAAGGAGUGACAGAUGCAAACACCAAGAAUGCCAAAUACAAUGUUUACUUUUACGGAACGGGAGAAACAGCGGUUUGCAAAGUGGAAGAGCUUUUUGUGUACCUUGACAACAAGGACAAAUUCACAAAGCCUUUGAAGAGAAAAAUAUUCCACGAUGGGAUAAUAGCGCUAGAAAAAGAGCUCAAGAGCGACGAGGGCAAAGCAGCUUCUCUGGAAGAUCUGAAAGUUUUGGCAUCGGAACCAGCUUUAUCGGGAGAAGCUUCGGAAAAAAACAGUGCCACAGAGGCUUUGGGACCAGCCGUGGACAGCGACAUGGAAAGCGGGCCCUUGGUUAUCGACGAAGGAGACAAAAAAAAGUCUGUCAAGCGCAGAACUCUCUCCGCCACGCCCAACAAUCCAGACACUCCGGAAGCAAAGAAAAAACGAGGCCGUGCCAAAGGUUCGCUGACCCCGGCCGACAGCACCCCGAAGCAAGAAUCCACCGCCGGGGAUUCUCAGGGGGAAGAAUCUUCGCCUGGCAAGGAAGUCGUGAGUCGCAGCGGACGCAAAAUCAAACCAAAACGUUUUGCCGAUUUCUCCAGCUCAGAGGAGGCUGAAACUACCGAUAAAAAUGAAAACUCCACGAGAUCUCGAGGAAAAAGUAAAGUCGACGAAUCUAAUGAAAAUCAAGCUUCGCCUUCCGCUGGAAGAAAAAAAAUCAUGACAGAAAAGGAAAACAAAAAAACUCCAUCAAAGGAGGGAGCGAUACAGCGCAAAAAGUAUAAACUACGAUGGCUUCGCGUGGAAGCUCAGCUGCUCGAAUUGGACGCCCAAAUCAAGUCGAAUCUUGGACUGGAUCGAGCUGACGCUGACAAAUGUUUGCAAGCGAUGGAUGACAUGCUCGCACUCUCCAUCGACCCUUUGAUGUUGAAAAAGCAUCCCCAAAUAGUCGAGACCGUCAAGAGGUUGCGACGCUACAUCGGCAAUUUGGCGGACUGGAAAUUGAGCGAGGAAGAAGUGACCACUUUCAAACUCAAAGCUGAACAAAUAAGACAAAAAGCCGAGCACAUUUACAACAAAUUCAAAGCCAUGUUCACCGUCCCUGAGGGACAGUCCUUCUGGCAAUCUUUCUCAGACCAGGUGCUUCAUUUCAAAGAACUGACGAAAGACAUGCCCGAAGAAAAGAUGCUCUCGCUGAUGGCAGAUCCCGCCUGUCCCGAUGGUGGCCCGGGGCUCGAGGGAAGCGAAUCGACGACGGCGACAGCGACGUCGACGACGAACGAGGAGAGUGCGAUGGAGACGAGGACAGUUUCAGAAUCGGAAGCGGAGCCCUUGCCGACGAGAUGCGCGAGUCCCGUGGAGACGCCAGCCAAGUAACAUCGACCAGUAUCAGCGCAUCAUUAGAACUUGGACUCAUCAGCGAGGAUACUUUCGUGAGAGCCGAGGAAGCACCAAACUGUGUGUGUGUGUGUGUGUGUUGGGACUGAAGUUAGAGGAAGAGAGCGAAGGCGGAGCUUCGUCCAGAGGCGAGAGCGCGUUCCUCGAAUAAAUCUUUUAAUCAGCAGUUACACGAACGUUGCACAGGCCUCCGUUUACAGCACGUUCACUUAUUUGGAAAGAAACACGAAAGGCUAAGAAAACUCGAGAAUCCGAAGGAUUAUGUGAGCAGGCUUUCUUGCCGUUUUCGACGAAUCGAGACACAAGAAAUUAGACGUUGAGAAACAAGUUUAACGAUCAACUCCGACGACGAGCCCGACGAGGGGUUGGACGUCGGACCCAUUUCCUAUCGUUCCUCGUUCGAAUUUUUUGUCCUCUCGUUUCAAACGGAAACGGGGGUUUACCGGUUGAGUAGAGCAAAGUUCCGUUGAGCCUCGCGCGCACCCCUUCAUUUGCCAUUGAUUAUUAUCACGAAUCUUUUCUUAAACUUUCCUUUUAAUUUGCCUAGAGGAUGCACAAAAUGUGAGAUAAACUUAAAUAUCGAUCGUGAUUAAGGGAAGAUAAAAUAGAUUUGGAGUACACACGUGAGCGUGUAAGGAGAAGAGAACUUUGUAAAUAAAUAACGAAAAUAACAGAAGGCUCUCAAUAUCUCAUUUCUUUUCGGGCCACGCGAGAUAACCAAGAGAUGAAAUUUAUUCUACCACUGUUUCGGCUGUUAAAAAGUUUGUAAGGAGCGAUUAAUAAAUUUUCCAAAUAUUUUUGGUAUCAAUCCACCGGAA